UACGAAACCGUUGGAUGUUAUAAGGACACCACAAAUCGAACAAUCUCAAGUCUAGAAGGACAGGACCCAAUUUUAGAUGGACCAUUCACGGAACGAGAAAACGCCAUUUCCAAAUGCGCGUCGGCUGCCAUCAAAGCGGGUUUCAUUAUUUUUGCAAUUCAGGAUGGUGGUCAGUGUUUCUCUAGUGCCACAGCACCGCGAACGUUUGACAAAUAUGGAGAAUCAAAUGAUUGUCAGUCUGAUGGGGAAGGAGGAAGGAUGGCCAAUCACGUUUAUUACAUCAAAGGUACGAUAUAAUGGUCAUAAAAAAAACGCAACUUGGACCAGAUCUCUUUCUGUAUAACGGCAAAAGUUUUGCUUACCGUAUUUAUUCGAUUAACCGCCCAGGGGCGCUUAUUAAAUUUUUGGACCUUGGGAGUGGGCGCUUAUUCGAGGUGAGCGCCUAUUCGUGGCUGGGCGCUUAUUAAAUUUUCACCAUUUUCAACAAGUAUAGUAUGUUUAUUUUGCAACAAAACAAUAAAUGGUAACAACGAAAUGCGAACAUGUAACAAAGCAAAGUUUCCUUAAACUACCCCUACUCUUAACAAAACUCCAUCUUCGGGGAAGUCUCUUUAUGUUAAUACUUUUUCAAUUUCAUUAUAACCCAAGUGGGUGGGGUGGGGGUGGGCGCUUAUUAACUUUUUCCGCCUUUAGGAUGGGCGCUUAUUUGAGGUGUGCGCUAAUUCGAGGUUGGGCGCUUAUUCGAAUAAAUACGGUAUGUCAAAAGAAAAGUAGCGAAUUAAAUAAAACCUGAACACGUGUGGACGUGGCCUAAUUACGCGGGAUGACGUAGUCAGCCAGCGUCAUAAAUUCGGUUGCGCAUUCCUGUCGUAUUUUUUGGUUAUUAAUUAGUACCAUCGCAAAUUCCAUUUUUCAGGAUAUGAUAGCGUUGGAUGCUACAGAGAUACCGAAGAUCGAGCAAUUCCACCCCUGGAGGGGAUGGAUCCUAUUUUGGACGGACAGUACCAAGUUCGAAAAAAUGCUAUUGCCAAGUGUGCGGUAGCUGCAAUAAGAGCAGGUUACCAUAUGUUUGGUGUUCAGUAUGGCAGAUGGUGUACAUCCAGUGCGUCAGCUCCACAAACAUUUGACAAAUAUGGGGAAUCUAACGACUGUGGAGCUGAUGGCGAAGGUGGACCUUGGGCCAAUCAUGUUUACAAAAUAAUAGCAUGA